GAAUCUAUAUUUUUUCUGGGAAAGCGUAAUUAAAGAGUGGUUUUUUGUGACCCCGAUGUCUUAUAAUAGCUUUUUUGACGUCCUGCAUAGUGCUUAUUUUUACAAUCUUCUUUUUUUUCCUCGUCUUAUUCACUGUUCGCCAUUCUCCUCGCUCCCCUUCCACUUCACCCUUUUACGUUCCAAGUUUUUCCGCCUCCUUUUUCAACCGCCCAUUUGCGUCUUGAUCUGUUGAACUCAACCUUUUCAACGUGGAAUCACCCAUCAUGGACACGAUGCCUGAUCUUUCCGUGACAGUGACACACGUUCCACCGUGUUCCACCUCAUCUGUCUUGGCAUCGCGAUCAUCCGUUUCUACCACGGCAUCUUCUUUGGAACCUCACAUUGAUGACACAUCAAAUAUUCCCGAAGCCAAGGAUUCCGCAUCCAAUGCAUUAUCAACAGCCCAUAUUUCGGAUAACCUAUCGAAUAGUAUCGCCACCGACGAUGGCGCUGGUCGUUCUAUGAAUUCUCCGUCUGAACCACGGGCGUUAUCAGCGAAUGUUGCACAAAACGACGAUCCUUUGCCCAGUGUGGAUGAAGCCAGCAUACUGGCCCAGGCCGCUCAUAAAAGCAUCCCUCUCACCGAGGCUACCUUGGCAGAACAGAACAGCAAUCAUGCCAAUGCUGCCACCGCGCUUCCUUUGGCACCCAACACCGUGCAAGCAUGGGCCGCCGAUCUCCCAGAGCUUCCCGAAACCGUUCAAUCUCCGCCAGCGCCUUCCCAUAUCUUUGAAAUCGAUUGUUCGGCCAAUGAGGAGCCGAGUCCCCACGCGAUCCAGACAACGAAGGACGUUUUCACAGAAACACAGAAAAUUGCUUACAUUGGUCUUUGUGCCGUCACCAGUUUGGAAGUCGUGUAUGAUUAUCAGGGCAAGGAAUUUACCUAUGCAAGAAUGAGUGCCGAUAACUGGCAGCGAAAAUUGAUGAGAAUGCUCUACACACACAUGGGCAUUUCCCCCGAAGAAAUCACCAUGAUUGAAUCUCUUUCGAAACAUAAUAUCGUGCCUACCGAUUUGGUGUAUCAGUUUACUUCUCAGGGUGAAACGGCGACUGUGAGAUUGGAUGAUUUAUACGAUGUUCCAACGACAGACACACCCGACGCUACCAAGCCAAAUAAUGGUCUCGAUAAAGCAACAAUGCCGGAUACACCCGCUGCCACAGAACCGGACAUAAGUGACGCUAAUAGCGAUGCUAAGCCCACAGCCGAAGUAACACCCGCCACUAUAACGCUAAAUAAUAGUGAUGAUGAUGACAAAGCAACAGUAGAAGAGGCGCCCACCACUACAGACUCACACUCUCCUGUCGAAAAGUCAACUGAGAAAGCUACGCUCGGUACCCCAGAGUCGACGGCGGAGGAGGAGGCACGCGACAGUACGGAAGAGUCGGACCCUCCUGUCGAAAAGCCAGCUGUGGAAGCCGCGCCGAUGAACGAGACUUUGGAGGAACCAAAAGAUUCCAACGAUGUGAUUAUUGACUUGCGAUGGACAGUGAUAUGUGACCUAUUCUUGCUUUGUCUUAGCUCGGAGAACUACGAUGCGCGAUCGCGUGUCUUCAUUGCCCGCAUUGCUUCGUACUUGUCGUUGGAAUGGAACGAAGUAAUUGCGUUUGAAAAAAGGAUUGCCGAACACUUGCUUCAGAAUGAUCCCAUGGCUUGGGAAAACGAGACCGUGACCAGCAUCACCACGGGCACGACCAAUUUUAGUACCAUCGAUGACGCCAUAUCACUACGCAAUGACACGGAAAGAAAAGGUCGCAACAAGCAACGCAAGAAGAAGCGUUAUGUGAUGAUUGGUCUUGCCACCCUCGGCGGCGGUCUUAUUCUCGGAUUAAGUGCAGGCUUGAUGGCGCCUGUCAUUGCUGGCGGUCUCGGUGUAUUGCUUACUACGGUCGGUGUCUCUGGUGCUUCAGGUUUCCUUGGAGGGACAGCCGGUAUCGCUCUCAUCACAGGCGGCGCAACCGUCGCAGGUGGCCCUCUUGCAGCAAAACGUAUGAAUAAGCGCAUGAAAUCGAUCAAUACUUUCGAGUUUCUACCUGUCACCGCAGAAGAUAACGUGAGCUGUAUUAUCAGCAUUACAGGAUGGCUUCCUGGUUCGAGCACCAAAGAGGAUUGUUAUUUGCCGUUUAGUACACUGGAUCCGCUCAUGGGAGAUCAAUAUUCGUUGUGUUGGGAACCGGAAAUGCUGGAAGAGCUUGGAAGUGCGUUCAAAAUUAUGGCCACGGAAGCGGUGACGUUUUCGAUUCAGCAAGCCUUGGCACAUACCAUCAUGGGGGCUCUGCUGGCGGGUCUGACAUGGCCAUUGGCGUUGAGCAAGUUGGGCUAUCUCGUCGAUAACCCAUGGGCCAAUGGUCUUGAUCGAGCCCGUUUGGCAGGCUUGAUUCUAGCCGAUUCACUCAUGAAUCGCAACCUGGGGGCUCGUCCGGUGACACUGAUCGGCUAUUCUUUAGGCGCACGCGUCAUUUAUCAUUGCUUGCUGGAAUUGGCCCGCGUGAAUGCCUACGGAUUGGUUGAAAACGUGGCCUUGUUUGGCACUCCCGUCAGUGCUUCCAAAGCGCAAUGGAAAGAGUGUACCACGGUGGUAUCCGGUCGCUUCAUCAACGGUUACGCAACCAAUGACUGGUUGCUGGGUUUCCUUUUCCGAACCACCACGGGCGGUCUAGGGAAUAUUGCUGGGUUACGUCCUUUGGAAUCCAUGGAAGGCAAUCGUGUACAGAACAUUGAUUGCACUGAUCUGGUCAAUGGCCAUUUAUCUUAUCGUACAUGCAUGCCCAAACUCUUGAAACGGGCCGGAUUUCUAGUCACGGCGGAUGAACUGCCUGAACUCAAAGAGAAAGAAAAAGACAAGGAAGCGGGGCGCUCGAGAUUAGGCUUUUUCAGAAAAUCAAGCCCUUCGUUAAACGGUUCGAGCGCCACGCAGUCACCGGAAUUGAAGGGAAAAGAAGAACUUCAAGAGCAAGGCCCAGCUACCGUGGAAAGAAUGCCUUCCCUUUCUUCGUUAUCAUCUGGCAAAGCUUCCAUUCAACUUGCAGAAGACCAUCGACCAAAACCAUUCUCCUCCUCUCCUCCCACAUCGAUCCAGCGAAAUUCCACCACGACCACCACGACCACCACCACCGAUCCCAAUAUACCCUCCUUGUCCUUUUCCUAUCCAUCGACCCGAACCCCGUCCUCUUCCACUCAAGGAACCGUCGCCCAAGGCUUAUGUCCGAGUUCCUCCUCUCCUGGCAUUCGAACCGACGUCGAACCUUCUGACGACGACAUUAUUGCCGAUAUACUGGCCAAAGCGACGGUCGCGGCCGCUUCCAAAUCUGGUACCUACAGUUCCCUGUCUUCCGGAAAAGCUUCCAUUUCGCCUUCGGUUUCGUCGCAAACAAACGAGGCUGAUCGGACGUCCAAGACCUUUUUUGGCAUGACGACGCGGUCGAAAUCCGACACGACCAUGACCGUCGCCAGUUCAAAGACAUCAGGACCUUCGCAAUCGGAGAACACGUCCAUGACCAGUAUCUUUCGACGCUCGCUAUUUAAAAAACGAGGCGUUUCGGAUGAUGUGGUCACACGGGAACUAUUGGACGCCGGAGUGCAGAUCAAAGAGAUCAAAAGCACCCUUGGAUGCAUGGUGGUGCCCGAGGAUAUCGUCAAUCCAAUGCCUACGAUCACUUUAGAAAUGCCAAAACAUGCCCGUGUCAAUCGAUAGUUUGUAAUUUGUUUCUUUUUUUUUUCCUGUUUGUACUGUAUAUCGUAAUCGUCAUCAUCAUCAUCAUCAACCAACGACAAAAGAGCGC